CAUGCGCACCACACAACCAACCAAGUGAACCGCGGACAUUAUCGAUUUGUUGCAGGAAACACGGCGAGCUUCAAACCAGACUGGAAUACAAACAUAGAACUGUCAUUGAUAGUUGGAGGAAACAUAGCUAGCAAGUUUAUUUUCCAUACAUAUCCACAUUUAGGCGAACAUGCUUGAAAACAACAGCUUUUGCAAGCAGGAAUAAUAAUGUCCAUCGUGACAGUGCAACUUGGACAAUGUGGCAACCAGGUAGGCCAAGAGUUGUUCGAGGUGAUCAGCAAUGAUGCAAAUGAUACGCAAAGAAAGGUUUACAGUGAAUGCAGCAGUGAGCGUUUCUUCAAUGAGACUGCAAAUAGAGAACUCGUGGCAAGGUCAGUGCUGAUUGACAUGGAACCCAAAGUCAUCUCACAGAGUAUUGCAAAGACUGGGAAAUCUGGGAAGUGGAGAUAUGGGGACCGUUCACACUUCAGUCAGAAACAGGGUUCUGGAAACAACUGGGCAAAUGGAUACUGUGUCCAUGGACCACGUCAUGAGGAGGUAGUGAUGGACAUUGUGAGGAGGGAGGUGGAGCACUGUGACUGUCUGGCAGGAAUCGUGGCCAUGAUGAGUGUGGCAGGGGGCACAGGGUCAGGGGUGGGCACAUACGUUACUCAGUGUCUCCGUGACACCUACCCAAACUCCUUCAUCCUCAACCACCUGACAUGGCCCUAUGGCACUGGAGAGGUGAUAGUCCAGAACUACAACUCUGUGCUCACACUGUCACACCUCUACCAGCUCUCAGAUGCCAUUCUGGUUCAUGAAAAUGACACGGUUCACAAGAUCUGUGCUCAGCUCAUGAAUAUCAAACACAUAUCAUUCAGGGACGUCAACAAAGUCAUCGCCCACCAGCUAGGGAGUGUUCUGCAGCCUGCACUCACUGGUGACUCCCAUGGUAUCUACAAUAGAAACCCCAUAGGUGAACUGAUGAGCAGCCUGGUGUGUCACCCAGAGUACAAGCUUCUCAGCGUGUGCAACAUUCCCCAGGUGUCCAGCUCCUCUAUGGCUUACAGCAUGUUCACCUGGCCGGGCCUGCUCAAACAUCUACGUCAGAUGCUCAUUGCCAACUCCAAAAUGGAGGAAGGCAUCGACUGGCAGGUGCGAGCCCCCUCUUUCCAGCCUGAAGGGACAGAGAGGACCGGGAGUCACAGACGACCAGGCUUCAACACCUCCCUGGCCAACCUGCUCAUACUGCGGGGGAAGGAUGUGAACGAUGCAGAGAUAAGUGGAUUUCAGCAUCCGAGUCUAUAUACCCCCUGGCUUCCAGCAGAUGAGGCUUUCAGCAUGUGGAAAACCCCAGUCCCGUUUAACAAGUAUGAGAAGUCUGCUAUACUGGUCAGCAACAGUCAGACUCUGUUGAGGCCUCUGGACAACAUGGUGGGGAAAGCCUGGAACAUGUUUGCCUCCAGGGCCUACAUUCAUCAAUACACUAAGUUUGGGAUCUCAGAGGAGGAUUUCUUGGAUAGCUUCACGUCUCUUGAACAGGUCAUCUCUAGCUACAGUCAACUUUGAUGCUACGGUCUGCUUUGGACCAGUACGAUACUGUUUGGAUAUGACGAAAACCAUGAUUCACUCCAACUGCAAAUUUGGACAAUGCACUUUCAAGGUAAUUUCUGAUUGAGCUAACAUAUGCAGUGUUUAGCGUGAAUGUGGUCUCUGAACAUUGCCUUUAAACAUGCAUUGCGGACAAAUUGCUUGAUCAGAUUGUAUUCCAGCCUAAGCCAAUAAAAACUUGCAGGGAGCUUAUGCUAUAUUGGCAUGUUAUUGGACAGGAGAUUUAACAUUACACACGUACUGUUCUCUUGUACCAAAGGAGUCAAAGAGCAUUAAUGUUGAAAGAAUUACAUAUACACUUUUGUAAAAUGAAUUUAUACAAAUAAAAUUCCAUUAUUCAAGUUCAAGGGGUAUAAAUACAAGUAACACGUUUUAUAUGAACAGGGCUUUUAUUGAAGAUUUUUCAGAAAAGACCACUAAAUGCACACAAAACAGCCAUGAUGCCUUACAAAGAUGUCUUUGUUGGGAAGGUAAGUUUGAUUUGAAUCAUUAGCCAUAAAAGGCACUGAAAUUAGCACAUGCUUUAAAGGUUGUACCAUAGUCAAGACCGCACUCUUCAGAUGGUUAAUACCCAGAACUUCAGACAGCUUACAGGCUGUUGUUGCCAUGUGAUUCAAACAGUCAACACCAGUCUGAUAAGCUAUCUGACAGGAUGGGAGAGGGAGUAAAAUACCUGCAACAACCAGGACCAGGUCUAUACAAAGCAGCUUCGGAAAACGUAUUUUCCGACAGGACAAUAAGCAUUGCAUUAUCUGAAACAAUAAGCCGUGAUGAUAUACAACUCGCUCAUAUAUCUAGUUUCAAAUUACAACAUAUCAAUUCCAUAUUUAAAUACAUUAUUCUCCAAUUUACAAUAUAGCGAUCCAUAUGCUUUUUGAGAAUCUUGGCACUUACCUUUUGAUGUUAAUUCUUUAAAAGCAGUUCAAGCAUUUUUUCAAUCUUGGUGGUCUGAGUGCCUAAGCACUAUUACCUCAACAGUAGAAGAUGCUCUAUAUACAAUAACAUGGGGCAAGCUUACAAGAAUGGAAGCAAUUGUUUAAAUAGUAAGAGAAACUCAGACAUGGAAACAAGAAUGAUUUAGGCAUUUUUAUAUAUUCUGCUCAAAGACCGUCUAAAUGUACAGAAUAAAAAUGACACUAAGUUAGCUGAAUGUAAUGUUAAGUUACAAAUCCUUUUUGUUCCGUUUUGGUCCAAGUUAGUUUGUCCAGAUCAUUCAAAAUACAUGUGCAUACAUACCGUCCCAAAAAUAUUUCCAGGAUGUGCAAACCAAUAACACAUUGAUCCGACUUGAUAUUGCUAUUUCCAAGAAACACAAAUGAAAGAUGGUCUAUUUCUGAUCAACAGGACAAAACACAAGAAAAUGUAACCCUGAAAACGUCCUUAGCAUCAUAUCAGCAUACAAUGUCGGAGUCCAUCCAUACAGUGAAAAAUUUAGUACAAAUCAAGUCUAGUGAUUUAAGAACUGUGUUCAAUGGAAGUAGGACCCUCCACCUUGCAUAAGGCAUUGCAGCUGGUAUAGCUGCCAGCAAAACAGUUGACCUCCAGUUUCUGCUUAACUGCUUUCGGUUACUAGUCCAACACUAACUAGUCCAACACUCUAACUAGUCCAACACUCUAACUAGUCCAACACUGGCAGGGUAGCCUAGUGGUUAGACCAUUGGACUAGUAACCGAAAGGUUGCAAGUUCGAAUCCCCGAGCUGACAAGGUACAAAUCUGUCAUUCUGCCCCUGAACAGGCAGUUAACCCACUGUUCCUAGGCCGUCAUUGAAAAUAAGAAUUUGUUCUUAACUGACUUGCCUGGUAAAAUAAAGGUCAAAUUAAAAAUAUCCUACCACAUAUCACACACUAAACACAGAUGAGGGAAAACUACAAAACCUUAAGGACAAACAAACAGUAUACAUCCGUAAGCACACACAGAAUAGUGCCAGUUCAGCCUCUUAAGAAUGGAAAAGGGCAAGGUUAGUUUGAGACAGAGCUGAGGGACUCUCAGCGGUGAGUCUCUUAUCACUUGGUUUUCUCCUCAGUGUACCUCUGCUGCCGACUCUGUUGUCGUCGCUUGGCGUAGCUCUGAGCCAUGGAGUUGAUGAUGGAGAUGAUAAAGUAACAGACCAUGACCAGAACCACCUUCUCAAAGACCCAUGACAGCCAGUUCUCAGUCUGCACAGAGAGACAUGCAUACAGAGGAAUAUUACUCUUGACUAACAUGAAUGCAUUACAAUUUGUAUUAUCUUGGCAAUCAAUAAAAUCACAUGCUUUGUCUCGACUUAGGAAGGAUGGAUGAUGGUAAUAGUGCUCUUACCGCCGGGGUGCCAGCGCCAGUGUGGUGGUGGAGUUUACUCCUCUGGGCCUCCAGGUACUCACUGAAAGGCUUCUGUAUGGAGGGACCUACCCUCGGCAGAGACCUGACACAGUGGCAGGGCAAGGACAUCCACAGGCAAGGGAGAGGCGAGGCGGGGGAAAAGAGGGAGGGAAAGACAGACAACAUUAUAUCCCAGAGUACUUACCAUAUCAGCAGUAUCCCUUCACACGGUAAAAUAAUGAGGCUUUGUCGAGGGAACCCUUGGUCCAUAGGACCAGGGUUUAAAGAGAGCAGUCUAUUGCUCAUGAUGUCAAGAGUUACAAUUUCUAUGUGUCUAGCUGGGAGUUCCCACUGCCAGUGUAGUGGCGGAGAGCACACAGCAGAGUGAAGUGAGGCAGUCCUCAUCUCUUAUUUAUUCCUGAGAUCCCUAUAAGAAACCAGUCUGAGCCCAAUAACCAGGAAGUGACUCAAUAUGCUGUCAUCACAGCCUUAUGGGUGGAAACAGAUCAAACUAGGCGUGUUCAUCAAUAUGACUGUCCAUAUGGGAGGGAGAGCAAAGGAUUAGAUCACUGUGUGGGCCCCUCAGUUCAUCAGAGCUCUUUACAUUAUAGUUACAGGGAAUGCAGACAAAUUGAUUGGAAGAGAACCCUCAGACACCACAACUUGAUGUACCGGAGUAACACCACAAUAAUUCGUAGUUGACAGUACUAUACCAAAAUAAUUGGUAUAAUUGAAUCAAUGUAUCACAACCAUCAUUAAAUAAAAUAUACAAACAUUUCUUAGACAUGGUUUUUUUUUUACGCAGGUGUUAAUAUAAACUUCAUCUAAAGCUUGAAUAGACAGAUUCAAGAUAAUUUACUAUCGGGGUAAAAAGGUAAUUGGAUAAUUGUAAUUGCUGAUCUUAAACAAAGGGAUAUGGCAUGCCCAUUCCCAGACUAACUUUGAGUGACUCACUCAGCCACACACAAACUGCUGCAAUCACCAACAGUUCCGAUUCAGCGUUCAAGCACCAGUGUAACACAUAAUAGCGAGUCAGACCAGUCAAACAAUUGCAAUGGUAGCAAGCAAUUGUUCUUUCUCAUGCGACUCAUUUUAACUGUGAAUAAGAUGGCACUAUAAACUGAUCAUUAGUUGUAAGAUUUGUAUUUUAUUUGUUCAUGAUAAUAAAAAAAAUUGGUUGAGCAGAAAUAGUCAAGGAAGAGCUGAAGAUUUUAGAUCAUUAUGUUGGAUGUGUUAAAUGGAAGUGAUGAUUUAUUUUUCAUUCAUACAGUGGCUUGUGAAAAAAUGUACCCCCCUUGGAAUUUUUCCCUUUUUGUUGCCCUACAACCUGGAAUUAAAAUGUAUUUUUUGUGG